AUGAAAGAUGUUUAAAAAUAAUAGGCAAUACCAGAUGCAUAUAGAGUUUUUGUAUUAAUUUCCAUCACUAAUUUACUUGUGAGUCUUGAUCAUGGAAUAAUUCCUGCAGGUUUUUAAUUAAAAUUUAAAAUGUUAAGCAAGUGUUCAAAUACAAAGCACACUGAAAUUAUCAAAUUAAGAAUUAGGAGUAUUGGGAUCUUUAGUAUAUGCAGGCACUGUUGUUAUGGGAUUUAUGGCUUCCUUUAUCUUUUUGAAAUACAAUCCACUAAGAGUUAUUGAAAUCAGUAUGAUUACUAUGAUUUUGAGUCUUUUUGUGUUUACACUACAAUUUGAUACUGCAUGGCCUUAUUAUUUAAGUCGAUUCAUAACUGGAGCAGCUCAAGCUCCAUUAAUAGUUUAUUUCCCUGUUUGGGUAGACACUUUUGGUUAAGAUAGCAAAACAGUAUGGUUAACUAUUCUAUAAGGUGGAGUACCUUUUGGAGUAUUUGUAGGAUAUGUAUUGGCUAGUGUGAUAGCAGCAUAAUGGAAUGUAAUAUAAUUGAGAAAUUAUAAAAAGUGGCGAUGGGCAUUUUAUUUAUAAAUUGGUGUACUUGUACCUAGUAUUGUAUUGAUUUCCAGAUAACCUCAGUAAAACAUAGAUGUGAGACCCUAUGUAAAGGACAGUAAUAAGACUUAUGAAAAGAUGCCUUAUUUCUAAUUAAUAAAAUUAACUUUAUAAUCUAGAUCAUAUGUUGUAAUGACAAUAGUUUUGGGGAUGUUAUACUUUUCAGUAACAGGAAUAUAAUUUUGGAUAUCUAAUUAUUUAGUUACAGUCUUGUGUUUUAAUUAAGGUCUAGUGAAUACACUUUUUAGUUUAGAUUCAAUUACAGGUCCUACUCUUGGAUGUGUAUUAGGUAGACAAUUAAUUUAAUAUUAUUUGUAGGAGGAUUAGUAACUUAACAUUAUGGAGGAUAUGAUUCUAAAAAUGCUUACUAUAUCACAUGUAUUGCAGCUGUAUUGGGAUCCUUAGCUUCUAUUUGUGUAACGAUCACCUCUAAUUUAUGGGCAAUUACAGGAUUUAUUUGGUUAUUACUAUUUUUUGGAGGUGCUUUAGUACCAAUCAUGACUGGUAUAAUGCAUAAGUAACUUUUAGGGAUAGUAUUAUCAUCAGUAAAUUAAGGAAUGCGAUCAUUUGCCAAUUCCAAUACUACUACUUAUGUGAAUUUAUUUGGAUAUUUACCAGCUCCUAUAGUAUAUGGAUAUUUAUCUUCGAUUUCACCAAAUUUAGGAUAUUAUUGUUUGAUGUAUUGUCCAAGUGUUGGAUGUUUAAUGAUUCUAUGGACAACUUAUCAUGAAAGAAGAAGGGAUUAUUUUGUUGAGGAUAAAUCAAUAGAUUCUAUGGAAAUGCAUCCACCUUCAGCUAGAAGUUCUGUGAUGUAGAUUAUUCAUAAUUUUCAUAAUCAAUCUGAUGGUAAUGAUAAUAGGGUUAUAUAAAGAUCUUGUAAAGGAGGUAUUGGAAUUUCAUUCAACACCAAUUAAUAAUAUCACUACAACUCUUUACUACGAAAAGUAAUUAUGA